AGAAAUAAGACGAUAUUGCUUUGGACGACAUUUUACGGCAGCCCCGAUCCGUGGGAGCUGCUGUUUUAUGACACGGUGUCGGGCGGCUGUCCGGUGUCGGGCUGCACUCUGACACACGACCGGGAGCAGCUGGACUCCGCGGACGCCGUGCUGUUCCACCUGCUGGACGUCCAGCUGGAGGAUCUGCCGCGGCGGCGGCCGGCCGGCCAGCUGUGGGUGCUGUUCUGUCUCGAGUCGCCCGGCUACCCGCUGGUGCGCCGGCGCCGCCUGGCCCGGCUGAACGGCCUGUUCAACUGGACCAUGACGUACCGCUGGGACAGCGACGUGGCCGUGCCGUACGGCCUGGUCCUGCCGCCCGGCCGGCUGCCCCGGGCCGUCAGUGCCGUGCUGCCCCGGCAACCCGCGUUCGCCCGCUACCCUCCGCCGACCGUCAAACGCCGACUGGUGGCCUGGAUGGUCAGCAACUGUCGCACGCCCGGCAAACGGGAACGCUAUGUCGCCCAGCUGCGCCGGCAUAUUCAGGUGGACAUAUACGGCAGCUGUGGCACCCUCAAGUGCGGCCGCUCCGAGUCGGUUCAGCAGCAGCGAAAUCACACCAACUUCCCCUGUGAACAGGCCAUCACCGACUACAAGUUUUAUCUGGCGUUCGAGAACACCCUCUGUCCAGACUACGUCACUGAAAAGUUCUUUCGAACUCUCGCUCUAGGAACAGUGCCGGUGGUUUUCGGUGGAGCACAGUACUCCUCACUGGCCCCAGAGGGCAGCUACAUCGACGCUCUGCAGUACGAGCCUCGGGAGUUGGCUGAGCUACUACUCUACCUGGACAGAAACGACACCGCCUACCGGGAGCUGUUGCGAUGGCAGGCUGACCACCGGGUGGUCAACGCACACCCGCUGAGACCGCUCACGUGCGGCCUGUGCCGGCGGCUGCACGAGCUCCCGGCCGGCGCUGAGGUGGGCGUCCGAUACGACCUGCACCGCUGGUAUUCCGCCAAUCAGUGUCAUCAGUGGCGCCCCAGAGGCUGAGGUUCACACGGGACACGGUAAUGGAAGCGAAGGAAGUGUUUGGGAUAUGUCGCCAAAGCUGAUGAGGGCCAAUACAAACAUUUUGUAGUCACUUCCCCGGAAAGUUACGC